AUGAAAAUCGUGAAGGACCAGGAGUACCAGUUCAACAGCAACAGAAGGUCAGACAAGCACUUUGGCAGUCACAACGACAGGAGAGGCUACAACAGUGCAGCCAACAACCACAAGAGUAUCUUCAACAACAACACCAAAUGCAGUGCCAACUGCUACACCUACAGAGAAGAUAUCCACAACAAAUGCCCAUACGUCAACAAGCAAUGCCCCAUCUACAACAUUCAAGCCAUCAACAACAGAAAGCAAGACAAGCACUACAUCUUCAAUGACAUCGGUGCAAGAGACCACAACUGUGCAAACAACAAGCUCUACACAAUCUCCAACACCACCACAAAAUCCAACAACAACUGCCUCCGACACUUCCACAAGCACUGCAGAGCGACCAAGCGCCACAACACGCGCUCCGUCUACCACUCUCAGUUCAACAGCAACAAAAGCACCUACAGAGAAGAUAUCCACAACAAAUGCCCAUACGUCAACAAGCAAUGCCCCAUCUACAACAUUCAAGCCAUCAACAACAGAAAGCAAGACAAGCACUACAUCUUCAAUGACAUCGGUGCAAGAGACCACAACUGUGCAAACAACAAGCUCAACACAAUCUCCAACACCACCACAAAAUCCAACAACAACUGCCUCCGACACUUCCACAAGCACUGCAGAGCGACCAAGCGCCACAACACGUGCUCCGUCUACCACUCUCAGUUCAACAGCAACAGAAGCACCUACAGAGAAGAUAUCCACAACAAAUGCCCAUACGUCAACAAGCAAUGCCCCAUCUACAACAUUCAAGCCAUCAACAACAGAAAGCAAGACAAGCACUACAUCUUCAAUGACAUCGGUGCAAGAGACCACAACUGUGCAAACAACAAGCUCUACACAAUCUCCAACACCACCACAAAAUCCAACAACAACUGCCUCCGACACUUCCACAAGCACUGCAGAGCGACCAAGCGCCACAACACGCGCUCCGUCUACCACUCUCAGUUCAACACCAUCAACAACAGAAAGCAAGACAAGCACUACAUCUUCAAUGACAUCGGUGCAAGAGACCACAACUGUGCAAACAACAAGCUCUACACAAUCUCCAACACCACCACAAAAUCAAAUAACAACUGCCUCCGACACUUCCACAAGCACUGCAGAACGACCAAGCGCCACAACACGCGCUCCGUCUACCACUCUCAGUUCAACAGCAACAGAAGGUCAGACAAGCACUUUGGCAGUCACAACGACAGGAGAGGCUACAACAGUGCAGCCAACAACCACAAGAGUAUCUCCAACAACAACACCAAAAGCAGUGCCAACUCCAUCAACAACAGAAAGCAAGACAAGCACUACAUCUUCAAUGACAUCGGUGCAAGAGACCACAACUGUGCAAACAACAAGCUCUACACAAUCUCCAACACCACCACAAAAUCAAAUAACAACUGCCUCCGACACUUCCACAAGCACUGCAGAGCGACCAAGCGCCACAACACGCGCUCCGUCAACCACUCUCAGUUCAACAGCAACAGAAGCACCUACAGAGAAGAUAUCCACAACAAAUGCCCAUACGUCAACAAGCAAUGCCCCAUCUACAACAUUCAAGCCAUCAACAACAGAAAGCAAGACAAGCACUACAUCUUCAAUGACAUCGGUGCAAGAGACCACAACUGUGCAAACAACAAGCUCUACACAAUCUCCAACACCACCACAAAAUCCAACAACAACUGCCUCCGACACUUCCACAAGCACUGCAGAGCUACCAAGCGCCACAACACGCGCUCCGUCUACCACUCUCAGUUCAACAGCAACCGAAGCACCUACAGAGAAGAUAUCCACAACAAAUGCCCAUACGUCAACAAGCAAUGCCCCAUCCACAACAUUCAAGCCAUCAACAACAGAAAGCAAGACAAGCACUACAUCUUCAAUGACAUCGGUGCAAGAGACCACAACUGUGCAAACAACAAGCUCAACACAAUCUCCAACACCACCGCAAAAUCCAACAACAACUGCCUCCGACACUUCCACAAACACUGCAGAGCGACCAAGCGCCACAACACGCGCUCCGUCUACCACUCUCAGUUCAACAGCAACAGAAGGUCAGACAAGCACUUUGGCAGUCACAACGACAGGAGAGGCUACAACAGUGCAGCCAACAACCACAAGAGUAACUCCAUCAACAACACCAAAUGCAGUGCCAACUCCAUCAACAACAGAAAGCAAGACAAGCACUACAUCUUCAAUGACAUCGGUGCAAGAGACCACAACUGUGCAAACAACAAGCUCAACACAAUCUCCAACACCACCACAAAAUCCAACAACAACUGCCUCCGACACUUCCACAAGCACUGCAGAGCGACCAAGCGCCACAACACGCGCUCCGUCUACCACUCUCAGUUCAACAGCAACAGAAGGUCAGACAAGCACUUUGUCAGUCACAACGACAGGAGAGCCUACAACAGUGCAGCCAACAACCACAAGAGUAUCUCCAACAACAACACCAAAUGCAGUGCCAACUGCUACAACUACCGAGAAGAUAUCCACAACAAAUGCCCAUACGUCAACAGGCAAUGCCCCAUCUACAAUAUUCAAGCCAUCAACAACAGAAAGCAAGACAAGCACUACAUCUUCAAUGACAUCGGUGCAAGAGACCACAACUGUGCAAACAACAAGCUCUACACAAUCUCCAACACCACCACAAAAUCAAAUAACAACUGCCUCCGACACUUCCACAAGCACUGCAGAGCGACCAAGCGCCACAACACGCGCUCCGUCUACCACUCUCAGUUCAACAGCAACAGAAGGUCAGACAAGCACUUUGGCAGUCACAACGACAGGAGAGGCUACAACAGUGCAGCCAACAACCACAAGAGUAUCUCCAUCAACAACACCAAAUGCAGUGCCAACUGCUACAACUACCGAGAAGAUAUCCACAACAAAUGCCCAUACGUCAACAAGCAAUGCCCCAUCUACAACAUUCAAGCCAUCAACAACAGAAAGCAAGACAAGCACUACAUCUUCAAUGACAUCGGUGCAAGAGACCACAACUGUGCAAACAACAAGCUCAACUCAAUCUCCAACACCACCACAAAAUCAAAUAACAACUGCCUCCGACACUUCCACAAGCACUGCAGAGCGACCAAGCGCCACAACACGCGCUCCGUCUACCACUCUCAGUUCAACAGCAACAGAAGGUCAGACAAGCACUUUGGCAGUCACAACGACAGGAGAAGCUACAACAGUGCAGCCAACAACCACAAGAGUAUCUCCAUCAACAACACCAAAUGCAGUGCCAACUCAACUACCGAGAAGAUAUCCACAACCAGUGUCGUGACAUCGACAAGCAAAGCACCAUCUACGACAUUCAAACCGUCAACGACAGAAAGCAAGACUAGCACUACCUCUUCAGUGACAUCCACACAAGAGACAACAACCGUGCAAACAACAAGCGCAACACAACCUCCAACACCCUCACAAAAUCCAACAAUCACCACGACACGUGCGCCAUCGACAACUUUCAAUCCAACAACGACAGAAGCAACUACCGAGAAGAUAUCCACAACCAGUGUCGUGACAUCGACAAGCAAAGCACCAUCUACGACAUUCAAACCGUCAACGACAGAAAGCAAGACUAGCACUACCUCUUCAGUGACAUCCACACAAGAGACAACAACCGUGCAAACAACAAGCAGCACUGCUGAAGCCACAACAGAGACCAAUCCGCCAUCUACCACUUUCAGUUCGGCUACAACAGAACGCCAGACAAGCACAACAUCUGCCAACACAACCACACAGGAGACCGCUACCCAUUCCUUCUUCUACAGCAACUACCGAGAAGAUAUCCACAACCAGUGUCGUGACAUCGACAAGCAAAGCACCAUCUACGACAUUCAAACCGUCAACGACAGAAAUUCGGCUACAACAGAACGCCAGACAAGCACAACAUCUGCCAACACAACCACACAGGAGACCGCUACCGUAUCACCAAAAGGGGUAUCAGACUUAUCAACAACUACACAACUUCCAACAACUAGCACUCCUUCUUCUACAGCAACUACCGAGAAGAUAUCCACAACCAGUGUCGCUGAAGCCACAACAGAGACCAAUCCGCCAUCUACCACUUUCAGUUCGGCUACAACAGAACGCCAGACAAGCACAACAUCUGCCAACACAACCACACAGGAGACCGCUACCCAUUCCUUCUUCUACAGCAACUACCGAGAAGAUAUCCACAACCAGUGUCGUGACAUCGACAAGCAAAGCACCAUCUACGACAUUCAAACCGUCAACAACAGAAAUGAUGGAAAGUCAGACAAGCACAGAACCUGCAGCUACAACUACACAAGAAACGACAACCAUAGUAACAACAAUAACCAAAGAACUGCCGACAACUCCACAGCAUUCAACAACUGCCAUUCCGUCUUCUGCAACUACUAUGGAGAAACCCACUACAACAAGCAGUGGCCUAUCCACCACUUUCAAUCCAAUGACACUAAGCAUGGUUACCAUUACAUCUUCAGUAACAUCUACACAGGAGACCACAACCGUACAACCAACAAGCAGAACAGAGUCUUCCACGUCUUCUAA